GGCCGGACCGGUUGUGUUUUAAUGUGGGACAAAGUAGUUUUCGGCGCGUUUGGAGCGCGAGGCGGCGGAGAGCGUCCUCGCGGCACUACUUUGGAGAAGUGAUGCAUAUUCAUCCGCUCCUCCAUGAGUGAGCGGCAGUGCCCGGAUGUAGUGUCAUGGCCGCCGUCGCCGAGGCUCCACAGAGAGCGGAGGAAGACAAAUGUUUGCGCGUGUGUUUCCCCCCGCACACACUUCUCUCCGCCAUGUCGGCCGCGGACGGGACGCCGCCGGAACUUCCCUCGACUCAGUAGCCGGGUGCUGUUGCUUCAGUGGCACCUACAUUUCUUCAAUGGUUGAAGAGUUCCUGAAGGAGUACAGGUAUUGGCUGACUUGCAACGAUGGAAGAAGAGUUGACAGUACCUCAUGAUUCUGCCAAAAACUGCUUAUCUGUACCAGAAGAUGAAAGGGCAAGAGACGCCGUGUCGAAGAGUUUUAAAGACAAAGUUGAUGUCAACAAUGCUGAAGAAUCUUCCAGUAAGGACAAUGGGACUCCCACGAAGAAGGACAAAGAGCCCCUGACUAAAGCCCACUGUAGGGGGCAGCAGGGGGCCGUGUUUUCUGGAAAAAUCCUGAGCUUUGGAUGCUCGGUGUGUAAAGACAAUUGCACAUUCAGCCCCAAUGAUCUGCUCAAACACUUCCGGGCGGUCCACAAAGGAACCCUUCCUACAUACCCCUGUGAAUUGUGUGAGUUUGUCACAAACGAGUUUCCAGUUCUCCAGCGUCAUCGAAUCGCUCACCGGAACACUCUGGUGACUUGUGAGCUCUGCAACGAUGACAUCCAGUACUCCCUGCUCCUGCUGACCAGACACUACAUCGUGUGUCACAGCGUGAACGGCCAGUUCACCUGUGACUGGUGCGACUUCACCACCAUGGACGCCGGGACCUUCGUUCAGCACAUCCACCACCACAACGAGAGGCACUGGAAGUGUUCGAAAUGCAGACACAUCAGUUUGAACGAGGAGGAUCACCAGAAGCACGUGAAAGGUCACUCGGGCACAUUCCCCUUCACCUGCUCCAUCUGUGGAUACGGGGCGGCAAAGAGCGAGUUCCUCAAAAACCACACGGCGAGUGUUCACAAAGAGGACGCUGACCGGAAGGAUGCCUGGAGGUCUGCCGAGGACGGCAGCGCACCAGCAAAUGCAUCCAGCCUGAAAGUGUUACUGAAAAGGAGUGGGGACUCACCGGAGGGUCAGAGGUUACUGAACAGUUUCUCUGGGAGUUUAUCAAACCAAAACGGGAGAGUCCUCAAACCGGAGAUUUCCUUGGAGGACCACUUGACAGACGGGACUGUAGCGAAGAAGGACAACAAAAGCAAAGUUCCUCAGUCCACAGAACUCUCCACACCGGUCACGUUACAGGAACGCGAGAACUCUUCAAGCUCAGAGGCUGGAAGUCACACCAACGCUAACGGAGUGACUGUUCUGAUGGUGAAGAACAAAAUCUCCCUACCAGCAAACUGCACAACCAAAGUCAUGGGCUUUAAGGUGGUCGACGGCAAAAAACACUUGGUUCUCAAAGUGGUACCGACAGCCAAUCAGGAGCUGUCCACUUCCAACCAUUCCAUAGCUGAAGGCGUGUCCUCCACAGCGGCGAAAGACGCCCUUGAGAACGGACAGUGCUCUGACGGCAUCUCCUCAGCGCCACACUGUUUAGCCGUUUCACCCAGAAGUGCGUCUCGCACCCAGAUAGAUCAAAGCGAUAUUAUGGCUGUCAAAGUGAAGGUCGAGGAAGAGGAAACCUCCAUCUGCAACUCCAACGCCACUCCACAAAGAGACAACAUGGAGGCGCCAGCAAGCCCCUUGGUUAAUGGAGGCACGACUCCUUCGGACACUUUACAUCCCACCAGAAAUGAAUCGGAGGACGACGGCGACCAGAGUCGUCCAGUUGAAGAAAGUUUGUUGGAAAAAGACUCGGUUACUGCAAUACGCAUCUCUGAUGUUACAAGCCUUAAUUGUCCUCAAGUCAGUCACACUACAACACUGUGUGAUAGUGAGGGCUCUAGAUUAGUCUCGCCCGCCAAAGUUACUCACGAAACGGUGGAAAACUGUGGAGCUGCAGCUGAAUUGGCAGUUAUGAACGGGAAUAAGGAAUUUACCAGCAGAAACAAAGGGAAAGCUACUCAUGACACUACAAAAAACAGAAACCCCUCUUCUGAAAGUGCUACAAAAAGAAGUAAUACAGGUAGAACUGAAGAGAAACAUCACAAUAGCCCGACGCCUCUUUCACAGCUGACCACUUCUGCCUGUAGCACAGAAAGGGCAACAGGCUCAGAAAAAUGUGCACAGAGUUCACCAAAUCAAGAGGUAUUUACGUUUCACAAUUAUUCAAAGGAGACGUUCAGCUCCUCCCCAAGCCCACCACAAAACCGUGACAACAGGUCUGACCGUUUGGCCGACAAAGAAAGUGUGUGUGAAUCGUCUCAGCUGGACAUAGCUUUACCCGACUCUCCAGAACCGUCCACAGACGGUGCAGACGAGAACGUCGAGGUUGAUGAGUGUGUAGCGAGUGUCGACGAUCCUCUGGACGAGGAGAAUCCUGAUUCAGUGCUCCAGGACUUCAAUAUCAUCAAAAUUGAGGAAGAAAGUAUUCCAAUAUCCAAAAAACAGCAGGAAACUAAUAGUGGUUCAGCUUCCUUAGAGACUUUUGUGAAAGAACAUUCAGAUGUAAUAAUUUCCCAGCAGAUAAACAAGGAACGAGUAGCACCAUCAGGCACAAACAGCGACUGUGUAAAACCCACAAAAACAACUUUGCGACUACUCCAGUUACCAGACGGAAAGCCGCCCGUACUCCUGAGGGCUGCUGAUAAUCGAUUUGCCAUGCCAGUGCAGGUCAAGGCCUCUCCGGGGUUCAAACUUAUUACAAGUUGUGCAAAUCCUCAGAUCAAUGUGUCUUACAUGAAGCCAGGCCAGGAAAAGUCCAGCAGCAGCUCUGGUGUGACGCUCACUCCAAGCAGUAGACAAGUAGGGCUGCCAGCAGGAAAGCCAGCCUCGGCUGAGAAAGGCAAAAAUCUUUUUUCAGCUGUUCCACCUGGAGUUGGCACCUCCACCAACCGCUAUCUUAUCAACAGGCCAGGACUGAAGGGUCCUGUGUUCCUCUCAAGUACACCGCAUAACACACCCUCAGACAAAGCAGCAAAAACACAGCCCACCUGCUACCUAGUGCAGAGGUCCGUCCAGUUUGCUCAGAAUCCCAGCACUUCGCACCUCAAACUGACCAACGCGCCGUUGUCACUAAACUCCCGGCCAGUUCUGGCAAUGCCCGUUAACUCCACCGACAAAACAAACGCAUUACCAAGUGGGCGCCAAGCCUUCUUGCUGAGAUAUAUUUCUCCACCUAAAUCGGGCCUGCUCCUGAACAACCAAGAAGCAAAGACUGGGACUCAGUGUAACCAAACUAGUGAGAGCUCUGCAGGCAAAGUCAUUUUCAAAAUAGUCUCUCCGUCUGGGAGCCUUCUUACAAGUGGUGCUCAAACCUCAAGCAAUCAACCGUUGUUUUUGGCAACUCGACCUCAAACUCAGUGUUUCCUGGUGUCAUCAAAUAAAGCCAAUGCAAACACGUCCGAUGCAGUAAAGAAAUUAAUCCACCUGCAAAGUACUUCAAAGAAAGAUGUCAAUGAAUCUUGCAUUAUGAACUCUCGAAUGAAUGUGAAGGUGCAGCCAUGCGAAGUAGAUAAACCUAUCCUAGCUCCAAGGCCAAUUCGGCCUCCAAGCCAAAGGAAAAGGCGGAGGAAAGCGUUGUUUGACGAGCUUCCAGCAGCGGCGUAUAAGAUGAAAAGACUCUCAAGUAAAGCACCGACGGAGACUACUGCGUUGUGGAACCCUGUAGCCAAAGAAGUGGAAAGGACACUAAGACUUGCCCCGUUCAGGUCGGACCAGCAGAUCAAAUGUCCUCGUAGACACCAGCCGGUCGUGGUGCUGAACCACCCCGACGCUGACAUUCCUGAAGUGGCCAAUAUCAUGAAAAUAGUCAGCAGGUACAAAGGUGCUGUCACGAAGGUGGCUCUCUCUCACAAAACAAUCCAGCUCCUCUCAGAGCUCCGCCCUCAAGAGGAGGGGUCCUCGACCAAAGGCACGUCGUCUCAGACCGACCGUCCGACACCCCGAGCAGUUUGCAGUUCCGUUCGGGAGCGGUUCCUCCUUAAAAUGAAACUUAGGAAAAGAAGCAGGAAAAAGUACGAGGUGGUGAAAGGUCUAUCGGUUUGUGACCAGCAGCACGUCUUCAGCUGCUGGUUCUGUGGCCGACUCUUCCACAGUCAAGAGGACUGGAUCGGUCAUGGCCAGAGGCACCUCAUGGAGGCCACCAGGGACUGGAACCAACUCUUCUGAAAGCUCAACAUCAACUAUUUUCUUUUGUUUUGUUUUGGUCCAUGAAAAUGGAAAAGGUUAAGGUUGUAUAUUUUGAACAACCCCCACUGUAGUUUCUGUCCCUGUAAAUAGUUAUUCUCAGUUGAAUCCUAGUUAAUAUUUUAAUAUUUGCAUAUUCUGGUAAAUUAUUUUCUGCGAGCGUGACGGUGUGUCACGCACGCACACGUCACCCUGAACUGUGAACAUGGUACACUGAAAGAAGGUGUCGUGGUUAGAGCACUGGCGACAGAACGAGGACGGUAUGGGUGGGGGUUGGAUGCUGAGAUGGCUUAAAUUCCUCAGGUAAUUUCUUACACACCUGGUUUGUCAUUUUUGCUCCCGAAUUUGAAAAAGCAUAGAUCUAGUUUAAGGGACUUUAUAUAUUUUGCUAUUCUGCACAGUGGUAUUUGUAUCCUGGACUCUCUCUUGAAGAGCACCUCUCUUGGUUCAUCCUUUUGGUGGAAAAUAUUCUGGUCCAACCGAUUCCUCUUUGUUGUAAUGUAUGUGUUUUGUUUUUUUUUUUGUUCUUUCGUCUGUUUUCAGGAUUAGUUUACAUUUUCCACUGUGGGGUUUUCCCAGGUGUAGCAUUAACUUGUCUUUAUUAAACCUGCAGUUUUUCACCCUGACGUCUCUCGUCUGCCAAUUGGUGCACAAUCAAACUGUUUUGGGGGUAAAGAGGAAGAAUGUAUGUGAGAGACGGGAUUUCCGGGGCUGCUGUCGGUUCGUGGGGAAAAUGUUUCACCUCAUUUCAUACGCUCUGGUUUAAAUGCUGAAUUAUUUCUGUGGUCGGCAGCUCAGGCCAGUGUCUUUAUGUCAUCAAUCCCUCAUUUUUUAACGACUACAUUUUGAAGUGCCCAUGACACCAAAACGACAGAUUGAAGUAACAUGAUGAAAGGUUUCUGUCAUCCUCUGGUAACAAGCUGAGAGAAACCAGUGAAGUGAAGGCGGGGUUUCGUAUCCGCUGCCAUGUCGGCUGUGAACCGCUGGGGUUGACUGACUUUAUAGUUAAAUCAGAUCCUCAAUAUUUAGUCACCUUUAUGUCGUAUAAGUUGGUUGAUGAUAAAUGGGUAAAAUCACAAAUUUUUCACAAUUUACUUAAUUACUUUUAAUGAAAAAUAAAUAAUACUCUUUUACAUAUUUGAGUGGACAGAACAAAAGACUCUGGCUCUCUGUUCCUCCAUUUUCUGGUUUUCUGGUCCUCCAGUGUCCCGGUGCUUGGUUCCUCUGGUCCUCCGCUCUGCUGUUCUUCCAAGGAAACUAACGUCUAACAAGGAAAACAGCAACAAUCACAUGAAAGCUGGUGUCACGAGCACUUUGAAGACCUCUAGGUCUCGUCUUUAAUUUGAUUUUCUGUAAUAAAUGGCCUCAAAUUUCUUUCUUUGAUUGGCCGGCUGUGAACGACCCCCAGUGGCAGGUCAGGUCAUAGGUCAUCUCUCCAGGGCUUCCCUCACAGUGACCCUGAGUGUUCAACACUGGUCCGGAAUAGAAAGCCCAUGGUGGAUAAGGUGGUCUGAGGAACUUCAUGAUCCACCAGUUCUCCCACAGACCAGCAGAAAGAAUCCGUCCGUCCUGGAGGAGCUGAACUGCAGAUUAAACCUUCAGCUUUCAUUAAUGUCUGGAUGUUGGUGAGUGGUAGUGGUUCUACUCAAAGCAGACUGAUCCUCCGUCACCUGGUGUUCUACAGGGUCGGAGGUUAAAGGUGCAGCUCCUCCUUGGACUUUAAGACGCUUCAUGUUUCCUGAAGGGAAACGGAGCAGAAACGUUUCCACAUGUCCAGAGUCGUUCAGCCGUCUGGUCACAACAUUUUGAAGCAGCCUCCUCAGUAGUCGGUUGAUUAUUGGUUAGUGGUGUUCUCCCCUCCCUCGGUCCAUUUCAUGAUUCAUCUUCCGUCGCAUGUCUCACUUCAACUCUUCACUCAACACAUCCGACCCUGGACCAAGUUUCACACCUCUCUGGGAAACCAAACCAAAUGACUGUCUGAACCCGUGGUGCUGGCGAUGGAGGGGGGGUGGCUGGAUCAACCCCCAGGUCUGAGGAGCAGUACAACCCCGACGGGCCAACGCUUUGACAGACCUGAUCACCCAGAGAGUCAGACCCCAAACCUGCUCAUACUCUUUUUCCCAGUGUGAUUUAGUUUUUGUUUGAGAAGUUCUUCAUGUCGGGACGGACUGUUUCCCGUCUUGUCUUUCUGUUGUCUUCAGUUCUUUGGCAGCGGACUCGUGUCGGGACCGUUGUGGUUUGUGUGUCAUCCAGUGUCGGGACUCGGCGCCACUUUUCCUUUCCUCGCAGUCGUACUGUAACCCGCUCACUGUCAUUAGACUGUACAUACAUUUAUUUUUCAUCGUUCUUGUGACAUACUUUGUUUUUGGAGCGGCAGCAGAACACGGACUUAGCAUUGUGUUCAUGGGUUGUAUUGAUUGUAUUAAAUGACCGGACGGUGGAAAUGAAUGUUUUAUUUUGUUUUUUUCAAUAUGCAAGAGAGACUGAACAAUGCAAGCCAUGCCAAUGUUUCAUAUGUUCAAAAGGUUUGAAAUAAACAGCCUCCACUUGCUGAAGGCAGGACCUCGGCAGGGUCCUCUUCUCACCA